AUGGUGAGCUCCAACGUUGUGCCACGUGUGCGGAUAGACUGCAGGCCUGAGGUGAAUGAGAGCGAGAGUGCCUCGGGGUCAGACACGGACACUUCUGCCAGCUCUUGGGAAAAUGGAGCCGCCUGGCUUGCAAGCUGGGAGAGGUUUCAGGCUCUUCGGAAGGUCUGGCAGAAUACAGCGCCCUGGACAAAGAACGUCUUGGCGUUCUGGCACACCUACCUGCUUUUUGUGGUAGCUUGUGCGAUUGCAUGCUCGUCCCUGGUGGUGGUCUUGUUUUGGCACGUUGAGUGGUUCCACCGGUAUCACCCGGACGUCUCCGAGUUCGACUUCACUUUGCAUUUUCUGGCCGCCUUUGUGAAAAGUUGGCUGCUCAUAAGCAUCGCCAGCGACCUGCUCCGUUUUUGUUAUUUGCUCGGGGUGGACGUGUGGAGGGUGGACAUGUUCGAGGCCUACCGCCGCGCCAUGUGCUUCGCCUCCUUCGCGGAGAUCAAUGCGGGAAAUUUGUAUGUCUGUGGGUGGCCGCAGCCCAUCCAGAACUGGCGCAAGGUGGUGGACCUGGUGCUGCAGGUCUGCAUCUACGUGUCGCUGGACGUGCUGCCAGUGAUUUUGCUGGCGUUAGACUUUGCCUCCUGGAGCUACCAUUUCACUCUGGCCGUCGUGGUGCUGUCUGUGGCUUGCGUCCAUGUUCUCCUCUUCUUCCUCUCCUGGUCCUUCGGAGAUUUGGCCCUGAAAUGUGCCGCUUUCUCGGCCGCGUGCCGGGGGAAGGUGCUGAAGGUUUCCCACUUGGGCACUGCCACGAAGCUGCUCCCCAUCCCCGUGAUGGACGAGCAGCCAGAAGAGACGGCGGUGCCAGGCUGGGAGCUGCAGAAUACCUUCUUGGUGGAGGACGCCCCGCCUGCACAGGGCCCGGGCCAACGCUCGCGUGGCCGUUUCGCUACUGCCCGCAGCUCCAAGAGGAGCAAGACACUCCAGCUGCCGUUUUCCGCCGAAAGGGACACGGGCUCAGGCUCGGACACGGAGAAUUUCCCGUCAAUGGCACGCGCACCUUCCAGCUGGACACUGCCCAGCUCCAUCCACGCCGAGCGAUCUGGUCACAUCCUUUUGAAUGAGCACAUCGUUCGGAACGCGGAGUCUGUAGGAAGUGUGGGCGGGGACAGCCCCUGGGAUGCUUGCAUGCCGCUCUGCGUCAGCAUUUUCUGCCUGGCCGAUGUCUUUCCGCUGGUCUUUACAGUUCUGGUUUGCAUCCUGGGCGCCGCCUUCGAGCGCUAUGCCGUCGUGACCAUUAGCCUGCUGGCUGCUGUGCUGGUCCUGGCAUUGAUAUACAUUGGCAAGCCCAGGGAAUCCUUGUUGCAAUGCUGGCCCAAACGCCCGCACCUGGACAAGAUGCAAGACUGGGGGGAGAUGUUUUGCUCCUUGUCCUACGCGGAUCAGCUGGCGAAUCGCGCCCCCUUCGUGGCCAUCACGUACCUUCUGGGGGUCUUGGCGGGGUACCUGGACUGGUGGUACUCCAUGUCCUACUGCGCCGUGAUCCUGGUGCUCUGCUUCCUGGUGCAGAUCGCCGUGCUGGUGGAGAGGCCCUGGGGGUGGCUCCUGGGUAUGUUAGAGAGCCUGGCGCUGGCGCUGGUCUGCUGCGGCAUCCUGUGGGCCAGCCCCGUGCUGGGGCCCGGCCAGGACACCGUGCUGAUUUUGGGCUUCUUCGGGUUUCGGCUCUUUGGGCUGCAGAAGCAGCUGGUGUCCGGGCAGGGGGCGAAGAAGCUGGCGAUGGUGGCCUUGUGCACUUUCCAGCUGGCCCUAGACGUCUUCGUCAUCUGCAGCUGCAUCGCGCAUCAUCGCGAGGAGGCCCAGGAGCCCAUGUUCUGCGACCCCAGGUUGCCCUCUUGCCCGCACUACCGCGUGGGCUACAUUGGGGACCUGGGGGGCCGGUGGCCCAUCUGCGAGAUGAGCUUCAUGACCAACGGCCAGGGCACGUCGCUCUCCCUGUCGGACUUCGCCCUGAUGUCUGCCUUUACUUACGAACCCCCGAAGAACGUGCCGAGUCUGCUGCAGCAAUUCUUUCCCGGCUGGCGCGUCAGCUUCCAGCACAUCCCCCUGUUGCUGACCGGAACCUUUGACUGGACCUCCUUCUAUGAGUUCACCUCAGAGGACAACAGCACUUCGGUAUUUGCAGUGAGGGGAACCACGGAUAUCUUCGAUGCGCUGCAGGAUAUGGACCUGUGGCUGCCGGUUGGCAUGAUGUAUGUCUUCGAGAGGCUUGGGCCAAACAUCGUGAGCCUGUGGGGUCCUGGUAUUGCCUGGAUCUGUCGUCGGGUGUAUCUGUUGCAAGAUGGGAACUUCUCACUGUCCUUCAUGGGGCUGCUGCACGAAGUGCGCGCUCGCAUGCAGAGCUACCCCAGCCGGGUGUACUACAUCACGGGCCACUCGCUGGGCGGAGGCAUCGCCAAGCUGGUGGCCGCCGAGGCCAUGCGCGAAGAGCUCAAGGAGUCAGGUCUCUCGGACCGGGUGGAGAUGACGGCGGUGGCCUUCGCCGCGCCGGGCAUCGGCGUGGCGGAGGCGCUGCUCUUCGGCCGGGACGUGAAAAGCACCAACCGUCUCACCUCUGUGACGGUGCAGCCCCAGAAUGACAUAGUGUCCCGCAUCGAUCACAACACAGGCUCGGCCAUCCCGGUGGACUGCAAGGGUAGCCCGCGGCACUGCCACAGCAUCUACGCCACGCUCUGCUCCAUGUACCGCGUCUGCGGCUCGAAGAGGGCGAGCCACGAGCUGUUGAUCCCCUGUGGCUGGUGUGCGGAUAUGCCUUGUGACCUGAAUUCAUCUGCCUAG